CCCCCCCCUCAUCCUCCCCCCCCUCCUCCCCCCCCCCUCCCUCCCCUCUCCUCUCCCCCCCCUCUCCCUCUCCCCCCCCCUCCUCUCCCCCCCCCUCCUUCCUCUCCCCCCCCCCCCCCCCCUUCCCCCCCCCCCCCUCCCCCUCUCCCCCCCUCUCCUCUCCUCCUCCCCCCCCCUUCUCCUCUCCUCCCCCCUUUCCUCUCCCCCCCCUCUCCCUCUCCCCCCUCUCUCUCUUCCCUCCCCCUCUCCUCCCCCCUCCCCUGCCCCCCUUCCUCUCCCCCCCCUUUCCUCUCUCCCCCCCCCCCUCCUCCUCCCCCCCCUCUCCUCUCCCCCCCUUUUCCUCUCCUCCCCUCCCCCCCCUCCCUCCCCCCCUCUCCCCCCCCCCCCCCUCUCCCUCCCCCCCCCUCCUCCCCCCCCCUCCCUCUCCCCCCCCCUUUCCUCUCCCCCCCCCCCUCCUCUCCCCCCCCUCCUCUCUCCUCCCCUCCCCCCCCUCCCCCCUCCUCCCCCCCUCCUCCCCCCCCUCCUCUCUCUCCCCCCCCUUCUCCUCUCCCCCCCCUCUCCUCCCCCCCCCCCUCUCCUCUCCCCUCCUUCCUCCUCUCCCCCCCCUCCUCUCCCUCCCCCCCCUUUCCUCUCCCCCCCCCUCCCUCUCCCUUCCCUUCCUCCUCUCCCUCCCCCUCCUCUCCCCCCCCUCCCUCUCCCCCCCCUCUCCUCUCCCCCCCCCUUUCCUCUCCCCCCCCCUCUCCUCUCCCCCCCCUCUCCCUCCCUUUCCUCUCCCCCCCUCUCCCCCCCUCCUCUCCCCCCCCCCCCUCCCCCCCCCCCCCCCCCCCCCCCCCCCCCCCCCCCCCCCCCCCCCCCCCCCCCCCCCCCCCCCCCCCCCCCCCCCCCCCCCCCCCCCCCCCCCCCCCCCCCCCCCCCCCCCCCCCCCCCUCCCCCCCCCCCCCCCCCCCCCCCCCCCCCCCCCCCCCCCCCCCCCCCCCCCCUCCCCCCCCUCCCCCCCCCCCCCCCCCCUCCUCUCCCCCCUCCCCCUUCCCCCCCUCCUCUCUCCCCCCUCCUCCCCCCUCUCCCCCCCCCCUCUCCCCUCCCCCCCCUCUCCCUCCCCCCCCCUCCCUCUCUCCUCUCCCCCCUUUCCUCUCUCUCCCCCCCCCCUCCCCCCCCCCCCCCCCCCCCCCCCCCCCCCCCCCCUCCUCUCCCCUCCCUCCCUCUCCUCCCCCUCCUCUCUCUCCU